UGUUAAAUUAAGAAUUUCCUUGAGCUUUUAAAAAAUAGAUGGAAGCAGUGUGAAAAUGUGUAGGAAGGUUGAGGAUUAUUAAGAAUUCUGGCUAACAGCUGAUUAUCCACUAGUAUAAGUGAAAUGACAAGGUUAUGUAUUAAAGAAAGACGAGAUUAUGGGGAAGAUUUAUGUACGAAAUAAAGAUGUUAGUUAGUGUAGAAAAUGGCAGAUUUAGGUUCAACAAAUUUUGACCUUUUAGAAAUAAAAACUCGUAGUAUAGAACAAACAUUGCUGCCUCUUGUUAAACAGAUUUCGUCCCUCAUUGAACAACAUGGCGGUGCUGGAACUCUACGACCCGGAGCAGUGGCGAGAGUGGGACAAGCCGUCAACUUGGCUGUGGAAAGGUUCGUGACAGUGGGAGAAACGAUCGCCGAUGACUAUCAGGAAGUACGACAGGGAAUGUACGAAGCUUGCAAGGAAGCGCGACAAGCUGGUGCGGCAAUUGAACAUAUUUGUGAAUUACACGAAGAAGAAGCUACUCCAGAUAGAACCGUCUUAGUACGAGCAGCUAGAUGUCUUCUGGGUGCCAUUACCAGGGUUCUACUCUUGGCUGACAUUGUAGUUGUCAAACAACUGCUGUUUGCCAAAGAGAAGGUAUCGCACAGUUUGGAUCGUUUGGAAUCGGUAAACAAUUUUACGGAGUUCGUGAAAGCCUUUAGUCAGUUUGGUGCCGAAAUGGUAGAAUUAGCUCAUUUAACGGGUGAUAGACAGAACGAUCUGAAGGACGAAAGGAGGCGGGCGCAAAUGGCCGCUGCGAGACAAGUGCUGGAGAGGUCCACUAUGAUGUUAUUAACUGCCAGUAAAACUAGUUUGAGGCAUCCGGAAUGUACGUCAGCCAGGGAAAACCGCGAUACCGUAUUCUGUCAAAUGAGAAGAGCAAUGGAUCUUAUUCAUUACGUAGUGAAAGAUGGUGUCUUAAAUAGUGCCGAUUCAAGUGUUCAAUCAGUCCAUAAGGAAGGACUAUGUGAAAGCGACAAAGGGACGGCAUAUGCCUGUAUACAGCAUUUGCAGUAUCUUCUUGAACAUAGUAAAAUCUCUAUGGACCCUUCCUGUCAAGAGACACUUCCGACUGCUUUAGAAGCUGUCUUAGAAAGAACUCAGGAUUUCACUGACAGUGCCUAUACUAGCCAUGAACAUAGAGAAGCCAUUUUAGAAUGUAGUGAACGACUUAAAUCUGAAUUAGAUCAACUAUUAGGACUUUACGCUAAUAUAAUGGGUUACGAGGACGUUAGUAAUUGCCCAGAAUUGGACAACUCGAUUCAAGUUUGUAUAAAUUCGGCUAGAGAUUUAUCGAGACAUCUCGGCAACGCCGCCAUACAUCAGGCGCAGGAUCUUAAUACCGUGACCAAGCAUGGACUGGAACUAGUGAGCGCGAUUAGACAAGAGGCUACCAUGUCGGAAAUUGAUAGACUGCAUCACACCUCAAAUGCCUUUCAUGAUUCCAUUGAUCAUAUCUUGGAGGUCUGUAAACUUCUGAGGAACGUCGCCAUAAGCGACACCCUUCAAGUAUCGGCGAAGUUCACGGAAAUAAAUCUCCGCGUUUACGGACCGCAAGUGAUAACGGCGGCUAAAUGUUUAGCCGAGUUUCCGAGCAGCAAAAUCGCCCAAGAAAACCUCGAAGUGUUCGCCGAUAUGUAUCAGUGGCUCAUUUCGGAUGUGACGACAAUGGUGAAAGAUGUCAUCGAUGCCAGUCAGUCGAGACCGGAAAAGCAAGUUUAUAUGUCGCUUCCUAGACCAGGGAAACAUGGAACUACCUCAAAACCUCUGAAAGCAGUAAGACUAGAUGUAGCCGAACAAGAAAAAAUUGCCAAAACCGGUCUCGAAAUGAAAAUGGCGACCACCGAAAUGGAUGCCGAAACCGACAAAUGGCAGGAAAAUAACAGUAGUACUCAAUUAGAGGAAAAUAAUGAUAUAGUUAAGAGGGCCAAAAAUAUGUCGGCUAUGGCAUUUUCAAUGUACCAGUUUACAAAGGGUGAAGGAGACUUAAAAACAACGCAAGAUUUAUUUACCCAAGCUGAAUAUUUUGCAGAAGAGGCCAAUAGAUUAUAUAAAGUAAUCAGACAAUUCAGCUAUCAGGUUCCUUGCGGUGCCAACAAGAAAGAACUCUUAGCACAUUUAGACAGAGUGCCAACGUUUGUUCAACGAUUGCAAUUCACUGUCAAAGACCACACAGUCGGUAAAGCAGCCACCUUUACGAAAGUCGAUAAUGUGAUACAGGAAACCAAAAAUCUUAUGAACGCUAUUUCCAAAGUAGUAACUACUUGCUUUGAAUGUGCCACUAAAUACAAACUAGAAUUCCGCGGACCCGGUGCGGGUACUCGCAGAGGCUCUGGAGGAGAAGGAGGUUCGUCCAGCGCCGGAGCCAGCGGAGUCGACAGCAAGUCGGGAGGAGCGACAGGUUCCGAUCAAAGUUUAUGACAAAUGGGGAUGUCCCGGCGCAACAAGGGAGACUCGAGAAGGACUCGGGUCUCCUUCUUGUUGUUCUAGGACGUCAAGCAGCGAUUUAUAUAUUUUUUAUCGAUAUUUUCCAAUAUUUAAUGCAUUUUUUGUUUAGUUAAUAAGUAAAUUUAAAUUUGACUACCUUUACGAUUUAAAAUAUUUUUUUAUUUAUAUAGUAGUUAAUUUGUUUAAGUAUAUUUUUAACUUUUUGACGUAUUUCUUUAAUAUUUUCGAAUAUACUAUUUAUUUAAAACAUUUCCUUAUAAUUUUCUUUGUAAUAUAUAUAAAAAAAUUAAAUUCAUGACUAUAAUAAAUAAAAAAGUUUGCUUGCUUUUAGCAAAUCAAAAGAUCCAUUUUACUUAAAAGGUCGUUUUCAAAAAAAAUACAAAAAUACUUAUUAUGGCUGUUAGUUUUUAAAUAUAUUUAUUUUAUAUUUUUAGAUCGUUAGAAAUAUAAUUUUACGAGAUGUAUAUGAAAAUAAAAGUAUUAAUAUAUUUAAGAAUAACAAAAUGUAAAGUUCCUUCUUUUGAUAUUGUAUGAGUUUUGCUUGAAAUGGUCUAGUCAGAAAAUUUAAACGAAAUCCACAGAUUUUUUUUAAAGAUAUUAGUGCAAGUAUUGCUGCGUACAUAAAACUUCAGUUGUUAAUGAAUAUUCUAUUAAAAUUUAAACAUCUAUGGGAUUUUAGUACCGUUUUAAAGAUAUAUCUAUAAAAAACGUUACAAAAAUAACUAGUAAUGUUUCAUGUUUAGUGAGUUGACUAUUAGGGAAAAAAGUUUUCGAUUAGAAAUAAAAAUGCAGGAAAUAAAAAUAAUUUCUCAGGUUAAUGUUAAAAAUUCAUUAUUAAUUUGAUUUAACAAAUGUGUGCCAUUAAUAUUUUAGUUAUACAACAAGAAGUGAUUUAAUAAUAUGUACAAUAAAAAGUGCCAAAUUCGUUAAUAUGGUUCUUUUUAUUAAUAUUUUAUUUAGCGGAACAAAUUUAAUUUAAUACUUUUAUGAAUUUCACUUUUCCUCAAAUCCAGUUCUUCCAACUGUGGGUAUUAAUUCAAAAAAAUCAACUUAAACCAACUUUCUACUAACUUUCAAAAAUCUUGCAUUAUUCAAAAAAAUUCUAAAUUAUAUUAUUUUUUGGCAUCUUAUUUACAAUUUGUCUCUUUUUGGUGUAAGUUUUUGAUUAAUAUUUAAUAGAAAUUUCAAAUUUAAAUAAAGAUAAUUUCAAUUCUAA